AUGGCAAUAGAUCAUCAUCAUGAGGUGAAGCAAUUACAAGCAGAGAGUAAGAACAAUAAUUCUAGUCCCAAGGAUGGAUCUGUUCAUUUCUCCAUCAAGAUUCCGCCAACCUUGCCAGAUUUCCUUGCUUCAAUCAGUCUCAAAUAUGUGAAGCUUGGUUUUGGUUACCUCAUUUGCCGAUGGUUUUAUAUCUUGAUGACUGCGCCAAUUGUCUUAUUGAUCUUUGGUGCUGAAAUAUUGAAGCACAUACGCCAAGAUCUGUCUACCAAAUGUGAUCUUAUGGAUGCUUUCUUUUUAGUUGGUUUAUUUGUAUUGAUUGUAUAUGUCUAUUUCCACUACUUGACUCCUCGCCCUACAUAUUUAUUGGACUAUGCUUGUUAUCGUCCACCAAGUGAUCUCAAGAUCUCGAGGGUGGAAUUCAUCGAGUUAGCAAGAAAAUCAGGCAACUUCACUGAAGCUUCCAUAGACUCUCAAUGGCGAGUUCUCAAGAAAUGCGGGAUAGGCGACGAAACCUACAUGCCCAGAAUAGUUUUCCAGCCAGAUUACAAGAUAACGUUGAACGAUGGCAGAGAAGAGGCUGCACUGGUGAUGUUUGGGGCCAUUAAUGAGCUGUUUGCCAAAACAAAAAUCCGGCCUAAGGACAUUGGAAUCUUGGUGGUCAACUGUGGAGUAUUGAACACGACACCAUCGCUCUCUUCAAUGGUCAUAAACCAUUUCAAGCUGAGGAACAACGUGCAGAGCUUCAAUAUAGGAGGCAUGGGUUGCUCUGCUGGUAUCAUAGCCAUUGACAUGGCUAAAGACCUUAUGAAGGCCUAUCCAGGGUCAUAUGCACUGGUGGUGAGCACCGAAGUUGUGAGCUUUACUUGGUACAAGGGUAACCAUAUUGACAAGCUCCUUCCCAACUGCUUCUGCCGAAUGGGAGCCGCUGCAAUGCUGCUCUCCAGCUCUCGCCGGCACAGAUGGCAGGCCAAGUAUGAGCUGCACCAACUGCUUCGAACUCACCACGGCAUGCAAGACAAGAGCUUCAAAAGCAUUCGCGUAGAGGAAGAUGAGAAAGGGAUGCAAGGUGUGUAUGUGAGCAAAGAUGCCAUUGAGUCUCUGCUUCUCCCUGUCUCACAACACCAUGCUUUUUUCAGCAACCAAAUUAAAUCCAAGACAGUAUUUGAGCACAUAUGCAUAGUGGCAACCAGCAAGAAAGUGCUGGAUGAAACACAGCGGAAGCUAGGGCUGGUAGAGGAACACAUGGAGGCCUCCCGGAAAACGCUUGAGAGGUUCGGCAAUACUUCAAGUAGCAGUGUGUGGUAUGAACUGGCUUACUUGGAGUCAACUGCAAAGAUCAAAAGUGGCGAUCGCAUUUGGCAAAUUGCCUUUGGCUCCGGUAUCAAGUGCAACAGCGUCAUUUGGAAAGCUCUCAAGAAUGUUAAGGGGCCUAUCCAAAGUCCAUGGGAUUGA